UGUUUUUUGAAUUUAAAAUGUCAUGUUAAACUUUUUUCAUACUUAGCGGGAAAAGUCUUACCGCACGUCUUGAAUCUUGAUCACAGCACAGCGGCAGAGCAAGAAGGUGUAGCUACUAAACCACUCUUUUACAGAGGGCGCAGAAUAACGUUAAAGCGAGAUAUCGUGAAAAAGUGUAGUCAGUAUUCAUUUUUAUACAGCCAACGAGUUCCAUGUGCAUGGUCUAGCCAUUAGCUGCUACAAAGAGUGAUCAACAUUCAUUUUUGGUGCCGUUCUCUACACUUUGUUACAUUUUUGUAUUACUUGGAUGACGAAGGCAGCCUGUCCAGUAAAAAGUCCUCAAGAAAAAUUGAAAGAAAUUGAAAUGGCAGAAAUAGCUAAAGUGUACAUAGAAGAAGAUGAAGACAUUCAGAUAGAUUAUGGUAUAAAGAUAGAAUCUAUCGAACAUUACAGUCCAUCAGAUAACUUUGAAUUCCCCAAGAAUCCUUUAUAUUAUAUGUUGAAUGAAGAAAUCGAGGGUAAAAUUAUAUUAGGAAAAUAUAAGAAAAAAAAAAUUCUCCUUGACAGAAGACUUACUCAUUAUAUCAUACGGAAAGUAAUUAUGGAAAAUCCAAUAAGACUUAAAAUUACUCAAGACAGAUUCUUGGAGCUGAGGAACCAAUUGGUAGAGCUUUUCCCUACAGUGAACCCUUGUAACUGGUUUUCACCUCGAACAACAAAUAUACGUGGAGAAUCUCUUGCAUGUACUGGAAGUUUGUACAAUUAUUAUAAAUGCUUUAGAAGUGAAUGCAUUGAUGCUGGAAUAAUUGGAACAAAAAAAACAAAUUUUCCACCAAACCAAUUGAACAACCACCAAGAAACUGAACAACAUUCAGAAAUUUUCGCAAAAAGUGAAUUAAUAAAUCUGAUGGGAGAAGAAAAUCCAGCAUUGUCCACAAAAUCUAUUUACACAAUAUGGAGUGAAAGUUUCAGUGAUCGUCAACAAAUGCUAAUUGAUUUCAGGGGUACAAAAAUGGAAAUACAGUAUUCUACCUAUAUUAACAAUUUUUGGUGCCUGAAAACAGCAGUUGGAUUAUCAUUGCUUAUAGAAGACUGUAAUCAAAUUAUACAAAAUUUAGUAAAAGAAAAUAAAAUAAGUGAAAAAAUUGCUGCCGAUUUUGGUGGUAGUUUAAUGAGCAAGUGGCCUACAAUAGCAGACAAAAUCGUUAAAAUUGGCGAUGAAUCUACAAUUUCAGAAAUAAAAAAUUUUCGAUUUGAACUUCGAGAAAAUUUCGACAAAGCUUCAUCUUCAACUAAAGCUCUGCUCUACUUACCCUUUCUUCUUACAAAGUGUACAACGAUAAAGAAGCCAGAUUGCAAUGCAAUUCGUCUCACUAAAAGUGAUAUAUCCGAAUUCUUUAUUUCAUUCAUAGAGAAUGAAUCUGAACUAGAUGAAAAAAUAACUUCUAUAUCAGAAAGAAUUGGAGCCGUUGAUGCAUGCCUUCAUCCAUUCAUUAUAUGUUGUGGCAAGAUAAAUGAUAUUACAAAGACAUUUGUAGUGAUAAAUAGGUUUCAUUACCAAGUUAAAACUCUUUUAGUAGCUGUUGAUUACUGUUUCAAGGCAUGCACAGCAUUACAUACGUGGUCUAAUUUACUAUCAAACGUUUAUGCAUUUCUUCAACAAAUGGUUUAUAAUAUCAAAGUUGGGCUGAGCAUUGCAUUUGUCCCAAAAUCUUUAAAAGUUGUUGAUACUCUGAUGGAAAAAAUUGCAAAAAAUUCUUUGUAAACAAAAUGUUACUAUUAAAAUGAUUCCAACUUAGUUUUUAAUUGUUCUACAGAGUACCUAAUUUUUUAACUAUUGACUUUUGGUACGUUAGUGGCUUCUAAAUACAGUGCAUUUAGUUGAAUGUGGCAGGGAUAGCGGUUACACUUUAUGGCUCUCGAUGUAACUCUUUAUAGCGUAAAAAACGUCUAAAUAUUCUGUUUCCACGUUACACGCAAAAACGUAUGUUCCCAUCAUUAUUAAUUAUUAAAAUUAUUGCCUUCAUAGUUUUAUAACAUUGAAAAGUAUUAAAUCAUAAUUUUAAAUACUAUGUAACUACAGUUUACAAUAAUUUUAUAUACAACUAUUGAAAUUUGAUUAAAAAAUUAUUCAAGUGCUUACAUGUUAUUUAAAGACUACCACAAUUUA